CGUGCGGCCAUGGCGGAGGGCGGCGCGGAGCCCGGGCAUGGCGGCACCGGCCCCGGGCUGGCCCUGGCGCUGGUGGAGGGCAGCGCCGGCCGCGCCGCCCGCGUCGGGGACCCCGGAGACCUGGUGGCCCUGGCGCGGCAGGUGCAGCAGGCCGAUGACUUCGUGCGGGCGAACGCCUGCAGCAAACUGGCCGUGAUCGCCGAGCAGAUCCGGCACCUGCAGGAGCAGGCGCGGAAGGUCUUGGAUGAAGCUAACAGAGAUGCUGAUCUGAACCACGUGGCCUGCAACCUCGUGAAGAAGCCAGGAAACAUUUACUACAUGUACAGGCGGGAGAGUGGGCAGCGCUACUUCUCCAUCCUGUCUCCUAAGGAAUGGGGAACCACUCCCCACGAAUUUCUCGGUGCCUACAAGCUCCAGCACGACAUGUCCUGGACUCCAUUUGAGGACGUUGAGAGACGAGAUGCAGAAAUAGCCGUCCUGGAGAAGCUGCUGAGCCGGCAGGCAGCGCUGCCCCCCUGCACAGAGCCCAACUUCCAGGGCCUGACCAAGUCACAGGAGUGACCACACAGGACCCCCUGAGCGGAGUCCCUGCGUGAGGGGACACGGGGCCUGGGCGAGGAAAGAGACCAAGAAACAAAAAUGCUGAUUGCUCUGUGCUUUAAGGAGACUAAUUAUGUGUUCAGUCCUACUGGAUUUUCUGGUAAUUGAGUAAUUUAUUUUGUUGACCUGUGCCCGGCUGGAGUGGGAGGCAGCUGGUGUGAGUUCCAGAGAUGUGAUAAUGCUAUAACAUAACAUGUCCUACCUGCCUGUCUCUGGCAGGUAAUGAUUUCAGGGCUGGAUUUUGCCCCCUGUUAAAAUGCACGUUUAGGGAACUCUGCGGCCCGGGAAGAGGCGUCAAAACCCCAUGCAAAGGGUCUGUUGUGAUGAGAAUCUGCUGCUCUCUGUCCCAGCUGGCCUGAACCCCUGAGCUGGGAACAUGGGUGAGCUGGAGCUGGGAAGUGUCUGGGAAAUGUCCUUCAUUGGGAAGAGCUCCAUUCAGGCCUCAGGUGCUCUUCAAACAAUGGGUUUGUGCAUUCCCCUUGGAUUUGAGUGCAUGAGCUGCCAGGUGGAGACAGGGCACUGGAUGCCUCUGUGCCAGAGCAGUGGGGAAAGUAAAAUAAAUCAAUCUUGAUCUCAGGUGUCCCUUU